AUGACAAGACGACGGCCCAAUAAGUGGACACCUUGUAAUUGGUCCAUGGCGUUCUCGGCCUCCUUUAGCGUGCUGAACUCCACAAACGCAAAACCUCUGGCAGACUUGUUGAAUUUCUUAGGAACUCUGACAGACUUGAGGUUUCCAAACGGACUGAACAGCUCGAACACGUCGUUCCGUGUAGAUUCGAAAGCCAAGUUCUUGACAAUAAUCUUUGGCGACUUCUUGGACUUCCUGGUCUGGGAAGAAUCCGACUGGGAUUGGCUGACUCUGUUGGAGAUCUUGAGUUGCAGCUGGUGA